CCCCCCCCCCCACUGCCCUUUUCCUUUUCACCUCACGUGGCUGCAGAGUUCAAAUCCCAGAGCCGUCCCUCCUAAAGGCUGCGCCGAAGCACACGGACCCCCGCGCUCGCUCACAACAGACUCACUCCAGCAUGCUGUGUUGGGACGUGUGUGCGCUCCUGGGCUACGCAGCCCUUCUCGUUGAAGCAUUUCCUUCAGCCAGCAUCAGGAUAACACAAGCCCACCCUCUGCAGCUGACCGAGUUCCAGCCGCCAGCGUCCUGCCCGCUCUUUUGGACCGAGUUUGAGGGUCACUGCUAUCGUUUCUUCCCCACCAACAUGACCUGGGCAGAGGCAGACCUUUACUGCGCAGAGUUCUCCAAUGGCUUCAAGUCGGCCAAGCUCACCUCAAUACACAGCUGGCAGGAGAACGUUUUUGUCUAUGACUUAGUCAACAGCCGAGUUCCCGGGAUUCCUACGAUAUCAGGAUCGGACCUUCAUGAUAGGAGGCAGGUGGGCGUCUUCGAGUGGACCGACGGCACUCCGUACGCCUACAGUUAUUGGGAUGGGAACCAACCAGACGACGAAAUCCACAGCAUCCUCGGAAAGGAAGACUGCGUGGAGAUUUGGUUCCGCCAGAGCAGUGCCCUGCGCUCCUGGAAUGACAACAGCUGUGACAAGAUCUUCCCAUUUGUGUGCAAGAUGCCCACCCAAGUAAACUGACCAGGCAGCAGUGCAGCAGACACGUCACCGAGUAUCAGGUGUGCAGGACCCCCACAACCCACUGCAGGCUCCCAUUCAGCAGAAAAGAGAGGGGGGUCUCC